CGAUCAUUUCGGCUCGCGAAAAUCCUACGCACACCACGUAGCCCGUCGCCGCGCACCCGGCACCGCACACACGACUAGUAAGCACCGACCGCCGCCGAUGACGGACACGCGUGAGUUUCAACGCAACGGUUGAUACGUUUAUUAUUCAUUAUCGGUAUUUGUAAAUUUGCGUUUGGCGGUAGUGCCAACAGCUGUAACGUGUUCGCGUCUGCGUAUUUUUCAAACGGUUUUUUCUCACGGUGCUUUUCAUUCGUCGAGCAAUAAUUAGCAGCCGCUCGUUGGCGCGUAUCGUUUUUUUUUAAAAAUCGUACGAACAUGAAGCGUCCUCGGCGAGCGUGACUCCGCACGGCUGGGCGUCCCGCGAUUAUGUAAAUGUUGUUUGCGUCCAGGGCACUGUGAUAUGUUUGCGGUUGACACGUGGACGACGACGGAGGAGGUGGCUUGCCCGGGCCAGCAUGAGCAUGAGAUGCGGGCUGCAGACACUGCUUGAGGCCGCCCGAUUCGUCGAGUUACAAGAAGAGUUCGAGAAACAACAGUUGGUCACUUUACACGCAGCUGAAGAGCCUUUGUCCAACGACAAAGAUAUCGGUUAUCAUCCCUCCUCUGUGACACUACCCAGUUCCGAUCUUCCGGCUUCGUUGAAUCACAUCGAACCACCGUCUACACCCCCUCAGCAGCAGCAGCAGCAGAAACAACAACAACAGCAGCAGCAACAACAACAACAACAACAACAGCAACAGCAGCAGCAGCUGCAACAACCUCAAAGACAACCACAACAGCAGCAAGCUAAUACCGUCCUAUUACAACAGCACCACCAUCACCCGUCUUACAAGUCUGUCGUCGCUACAACAAACGUCGUCGUUACACCUAAUACCGUUGUAGCCAACGCCGUCUCCAACUCUGACGACAAUGGCGCGUUGUCGUUGGCUCAAGAACUCAAACGACGGACAGGAUCCGGUACAAGGGAGGUGCACAACAAAUUGGAGAAAAACCGAAGAGCGCAUUUGAAAGAAUGCUUCGAGCUGCUCAAAAAACAAGUACCGGCAUCUCAGGACGAGAAAAAGACGUCGAACCUGAGUAUACUCAGAAGCGCCAUCCGGUAUAUUCAGGUGUUGAGACGAAGAGAAAGAGAGCUGGAACACGAGAUGGAAAGACUGGCCAGAGAAAAAAUAUGGGCUCAACAAAGGCACGCUUCUCUCAAAAAGGAGUUGGCUGCCAAAUGGGAUCACAUAGAUUUCAGCAAGCUGUUGCCAGACUUACCGCCUGAUGUAGUUACUAGAAAAACUACAAUUGCCACAAGUAUAAAUGAAGACUUAGAAACGGAAAGAGAUGCUAGUAUGGUUACUAGUGAUGCGGAUGACAGCAAAUUCAGUGCUCUAUACAGUAGUACUUCUUCACUGUCAAGUUCCUCUCCGCCCACCUUGCCGCUCGUCUCUGAAACCACUCCCCAUCAGUUGCAAGUGGUGAGUACAUCACCAAUGAUGGGAAGCACCAUUCAUAUAGUUCCUCAGACCAGAAACUCGUCUUCGUUACCCAAUGCUUUACAACCACAAACUCUCACAUUUGUUCAUCACAAAGACGCUCUGAACCAACAUGAAGGUACCACUCAAGCUGUACUUACCAAAGUUCAGCCAAAUGGCUCAUUUACUUUGUACGGCGACCCAAAGAUCGCGACCAAUCGUUCAAAAAUGUCUAUUUCAGGCAUUAAGAUUAGCCCAAGUAUGAUUGAUCAUUCCAACAACACAGCGUCUGCUCCAAUCAGACUGUUGCAGAACAAUAUAUUAGCAACCCAAGCUUCAGUUGUGAAUAGAGGGCAGGCGACUCCAAAUCAUGUUAUAACUCGGCCACUACUUCUAACACACCACGCUAACACUUCUCCGGCUCAUCUAGUACUAUCUACAGCUUCUUCUAAGGCGGUGACAAUUCCAAACCAACCAAUUCCACAGUUGUCCAAUGGCCAUCUUUUAGUCAAGCCGAGCACGAUGGUGGUUAUGAACAACCCACAACCAAAAUCACACCAUUCCGGCCAUAAAGCAUAGCACUCACCGAUCUUUAUUUUAAAUUAUAUUUAACUAGUUUACAAUAAUACUAAUUUUUUUUUGGGGUUUUUGGUAAUAACAGCGUAAAAAAUAGUUUUAAUAACAGUUAAAAAAAAACCAAAAAAAAAAAAAAAAUUUGUACCAUAUAUAAUAUUUAUAUAGACUAUGAUGGAAAUUAUUUUAUUAUAUUUAUUAUUUCAAAAACCUGACAUCUUUAAAAUCUAUUGUAUAUACUAUAUAGUUUUAAUUUUAUUUAUAAAAGUUUUAAAAAAACACAUUAAAUAAUUAAUUAUUGUAAUUAAAUAUAUUUGUCAUACUAUGACAAC